AAGGACGGCCGCGUGGACGUGCACGAGUUGCGCCAAGGGCUGGCCAGGCUGGGAGGGGGCGAUCCCGACCGUGCACAGCAGGGCAUCUCCUCUGAGAGGGACACUGAUCCAGAUGGUGGCCUCAGCCUGGAGGAAUUCACCCGCUACCUGCAGGAACGUGAGCAGCGCCUUCUGCUCAUGUUUCACAGUCUUGACCGGAACCAGGAUGGUCACAUCGAUGUCUCCGAGAUUCAGCAGAGCUUCCGAGCACUGGGCAUCUCCAUCUCUCUGGAGCAGGCAGAGAAAAUCCUACACAGCAUGGACCGCGAUGGCACCAUGACCAUUGAUUGGCAGGAAUGGCGAGACCAUUUUCUGCUGCACUCUCUGGAGAAUGUGGAGGAUGUCCUGUAUUUCUGGAAGCAUUCUACGGUCCUGGACAUUGGCGAAUGCCUGACGGUGCCGGAUGAGUUCUCCAAGCAGGAAAAACUUACAGGCAUGUGGUGGAAGCAGCUGGUAGCUGGCGCAGUGGCAGGUGCUGUGUCACGGACAGGCACGGCUCCUCUGGACCGUCUCAAGGUCUUCAUGCAGGUCCAUGCCUCCAAGUCCAACCGGCUCAACAUCCUAGGGGGCCUGCGGAACAUGGUUCAAGAAGGGGGCAUCUUGUCCCUCUGGCGAGGCAAUGGCAUCAAUGUGCUCAAGAUCGCCCCUGAGUCGGCCAUCAAGUUCAUGGCUUACGAACAGAUCAAACGGGCCAUCCGGGGGCAGCAAGAAACACUGCACGUUCAGGAGCGCUUCGUGGCUGGCUCCCUGGCUGGGGCCACAGCUCAAACCAUCAUAUACCCCAUGGAGGUACUGAAGACAAGGCUGACUCUGCGCAGAACCGGCCAGUACAAGGGGCUCCUGGACUGUGCAAGGCGGAUCCUGGAGCGUGAAGGGCCUCGCGCCUUCUACCGUGGCUACCUGCCUAACGUGCUGGGCAUCAUCCCCUAUGCUGGAAUUGACCUAGCCGUCUACGAGACCCUGAAGAAUCACUGGCUCCAGCAGUACAGCCGCGAAUCAGCAAAUCCAGGCAUUCUUGUGCUCCUGGCCUGCGGCACCAUCUCCAGCACCUGUGGCCAGAUUGCCAGUUACCCUCUGGCACUGGUCCGGACCCGAAUGCAGGCCCAAGCCUCCAUCGAAGGUGGCCCACAGGUCUCCAUGGUGGGUCUGCUUCGACACAUCUUAUCCCAGGAGGGUGUAUGGGGCCUCUACCGGGGCAUUGCCCCCAACUUCAUGAAGGUCAUUCCAGCCGUGAGCAUCUCCUACGUGGUCUACGAGAACAUGAAGCAGGCUCUGGGGGUCACAUCCAGGCUAGUAACUUCCAGAGCCCAGGUCCCUCUGGAAGGGUCUGGUCUGCUUGUUCAUGGCGGGCAGCUGCCAGGUGAAGCCAAGGGACACAGCCAAGGGGACCUUCUGCAUCCCAGCACUGCCAGCCCUGUUCGGGCCUCAGAAAGUCACAAUUAAGGACCAAGACACAGCAUCCUUCCUGAAACCCAGCAUCCAGUAUGCAAAAUUAAGCAUCCCCAGACUGACUCGGGGUCUAUUUUUCUACCAGACAGAACAAAGUUCCUUGGCUCCCCACCACAUUCCCAUACUCUCCACACUUCAAUGUUGGGUUCUGAGCUUAGGAAAAUUGGGGUGCCCUGCUUGACUCCCCAGUCUUUGGGGACCCCACUAAAGGACUGUGAAAGGGGAACUGGGAUGUUGAGGGGCAGGAGGACCCUACCAUGGCUCCCACCUCUCCCUCCAUCCAGCCCAUGCCAAGUCCCACCUCCCUGCCUGUGUGUGUCAUUUCAAGGGAAAAGAGAAUAAAUUUUCUAAGCUCUUUCA